AAACAGUCCAGCGGCAUGGCCCCGGACCGGGGUUUGAUAUCAGCAACCCCGAGAUCGCGGCAGGAACCUGGGACGGGGACCCAGGAGGGGGCUCCCGGCCCCGGAGCCGUUCGAGCCCGCCGCUUCCUGCUCUGCCUCUACCUCGUAGGCUUCCUGGAUUUGUUUGGUGUGAGCAUGGUUGUGCCUUUACUGAGCGUUCAUGUCAAGUCUCUUGGAGCAAGUCCAACAGUUGCUGGGAUAGUAGGCUCCUCCUAUGGCAUUUUGCAGCUCUUUUCCAGCACGCUAGUGGGCUGCUGGAGUGACGUCGUCGGAAGACGGUCUUCCUUACUGGUGUGCAUCCUGUGCAGUGCCCUGGGUUACCUUAUGCUCGGAGCAUCUACCAACGUGUUCCUGUUCACCCUGGCUAGAGUCCCUGCAGGUAUCUUUAAGCACACACUCUCCAUCUCAAGGGCCCUGCUCGCUGAUCUGGUCACAGAGGAGGAACGGCCAGUGGUGCUGGGACAGUUCAACACGGCAUCCAGCAUGGGCUUCAUCUUGGGCCCAGUGGUCGGCGGGUAUCUGGCUGAGCUGGAUGGUGGGUUUUAUCUCACGGCCUUCGUCUGCUCUUCUGUCUUCGUUCUCAACGCUGGUCUCGUUUGGCUGUUUCCAUGGAGUGAAGUAAAACUCAGUAGUCCAGAGGAUGACUCGCCACGGGGUAGGAACCAGGCGCUUUGGGGAAAGACAGACUCUGCCAUGCAGAGGGCAGCCAGCCCCCAGGGGACCCCAGUGAGCAAGGGGCCGGCCAGCCUGCCCUGGGCGGAGGUGCUGGCCACCCUGCGGGGCCUGAGGAGCCUGGUGCUUUCCGCCCUGUGGGUCGUGUUCGUGGUGCGCCUGCUGAUGGCCGUGGCCGUCAUGCUCUACUACAGUAACUUCGUCCUGGCCCUGGAGGAGCGCUUCGGCAUGGGGCCCCGGGCGGCCGGCUACCUCACCAGCUGCAGCAGCGCCCUGGGGGUCCUGGCUGGCUUCGCCCUGGGACCCCUCCUGCGGCUGUACGGGCACCAGUCGUACCGGCUCCUGCUGCACUCCACUGUGCUCACGUCUGCGCUGCUGCUGCUCUUCGCCUCGGCACGCAGCCUGGACGUCGCGAUCGCCUGUUCCGUGCUCCUGUCCUUCUCCACCGCCAUCGGCAGGACCUGCAUCACCGACCUCCAGCUGACCGUCGGCGGGGUGCGGGCCGGCGGCAGCCUCCUGGGCAUGGGGCAGUCGGUGACAGCUGUGGGCCGGGUCCUCGCCCCCAUCCUCUCGGGGGUGGCCCAGGAGGUGAGCCCCUGCGGCCCUCCCGGCCUGGGGGCGGCCUUAGGCUUCGUGGCGGUUGUCAUCAUGUCACAAAACAGACCUCAGUCCAGCGGCCAAGGGGAUGAUGAAUUAAAAAGCAAGUAGGUGGAUUUAGACAGCGGGAAGAGACAAAGCCAGAGCUGCAUGGAUGUGGGCAGAGGCCCCGAGAUGGGUGCUAUGGAAAGGAUCAGUGGUGAUGAGAAAUGACUUCUCUCCAAAAAGAAGCUCUGGUGGCGGGUGUCCCAUCAGGCCUGCGGGACACUCAGAAUCAAGAUGGCACACACACAUGAAGACGGGAGUCGAGCUUGGCCGGAGGGGAAGGUAGUCAGCGUUUCCCCAAGAGUCUGCUGUUCAUCUGGACAGUGAGCCUGGGGCUUUCAAGGGGAAAUGGUGGUGGGCUCACAGGAGGGGAGAGACUGCAGGGAUGUCCCUGCUGAGCAAAAGUAAGGAAACGUGAAUGAAAUUUUGGUUAGCUGGAUGCAGGUGUCAGGUGAAGUUCCAUAAGCUCCAAGGAGGCUUUUCUGCCACCAAAAUGCCGGAGAUCAAAGAAGCUGCUAUACUAAAACCAGCUUGUCCCUUCUUCAGGGCCUCACGGUGUUCCACCCGGGAUGCUGGCUCAAAACCAGAGAUGCCCAUCUGAGCCCGUGGGCCCACGCGAGGCCCUGGAACCUGUGUGUUUAGUGAGUCCGGCUUCCAGCUUCUCCUGGAGGUAGGGAAAGGGUCAUUCCGAGACCUGCUGGUUUGGGUUCAAGUAAAAGUCAGAGACUGGGUUGUUACUAGUAGCUAACGUGUUUGCACUGUCUGUUAAAAUCAUGUGAGCACACGCAGGGGCGGCUCCCGGCAGUCACACUUAAACCAGGGGAACCCGGUCCCCUGUGCUCCAUGUCCCCGAUGCCCCGCCCUGCACAGGCCCGAGCCUGCCUGCAGCCACAUCUCCCGGAGCCCAGGCGUGAUGAUCUGUCUGCUCCUGGAAGAGGGGAAAGAACCUGGUGGAGAAACCAAACCCCUUAAAUGCUUCUCAGAUGAACGUCUUCUUCAGGAUAAGAGAGAAGCUGGCCUCAGGCCCUGUCACAGGUGCUAUAGUGUCUUUGUUGAAAAUCAAUUCCUCUCUUUCAUGUUGACAUCACACCUGGGAACAGAAGUGCCGUGUUGACCUACAGGGAAACAUUCUGGGUGCCUCCAGGGGCCCUGAGUAGGGUGAGCACAGAUGCCCGGGAGGCUUUGCAAGCACUCGCUGACCCUCCAAGGUGACGUCAGUUACUGGUACUGGUAGUUAGGGGCCCCCUCUCUCCACACAGACCCCCAGAGCUCACGCUCCUUUCGGUCCUUUUAAUCAGUCUGCUAGGGUUGUAUUCCAGUCUUCCACCUGAUGUGUGUAAUUAUAAAUGAUGCUUUAAUACACUAAUUUGUUAUAACUUUAAUACUUGCUACUUGCAGAGCAGAAAAAGAUGUUCUGCAGCUAUAGACAUUGUGUGUUGGGUAAACUCAAAUAUUUAUGAUGAAGAAUUAACUGCAAGUUUGAAGUUUGUCCCCGUUCCUGUUUAGCUACAAGAAAAAUGUUAGCUUCUUAUAAGUAUGAACUUUUGUACAAGUGCUUUUGAGGAAACCAAAAUAUAUAAAAUGGCCUCACUCUGGGUGAGUGUACCAAGUUGUCACAGAGAUUAGACUCAGAGGAACAAUAUAUUAUCAAGGGUUUAUGCAAUGAAGGACAAUUUCAAAAGAAUUUCUCUAAAGAUUAUCUUUUCUUCACUCUCAGAAAUAGGUUUCUGAAAAGCUCUUAAAUCUAGCCAUGUGUUUAUUUUUGUAAACUAUAGCACUUUAUUUUUGAAGUUAUAAAAGCGUGUACACUCAAUGAGGUUUUAUAACGAACUAGAGACAUAGAAAUACUGAGAACCCUAAAAACAUCUCAGUGUGGAAAGCAGAGACACAAUUUUGUUAUUCUCUACUAUUACAAAUUUUAGUGUUUUGUUCGCGUGGUUUUUUCAGAUAUUUAUAUUAGAUAGUCUAACAUGUUGCUACUCGAAGUGUGGGCCGGGGACCAGCCACGUCCCGUCCCUGGAGCUCCUCGGACAUGCAGACACUGGCCCACCUCAUGCCUGCGGGAGUCAUUUGCACAAGACACCCAGCUGCUUUUUUGCACAGUUAAGUUUGAAAACCACCACCAGUCUGAUGGACACUGUUUGUUUAUAGUAUGACCUCAGGGAAAUUAAAUCUGCUCAAAGUUUG